AUGAAGAACACGGAAGGUGGUGCGGAAGACAACAACAAAAAAGGAGGAGGCGGAAAUAAUCGGAGUGAGAAGAGGAAGAGGAGUGAGGGUUUAGGCGUUGGGGGUCUCGAAGCGCUACAGUAUUUUUUUAAACGUUUUUUUUUGCAGAUCGGAAAGGAAGAGGAGCAGGAGGCGGCAAUGAGGAUCCAACAACUUCCUAUACGAUUCUGAAAGCUGUUCGAGCUCCGCAGGAACCUGUGGAUUUGGCCAGAAUCAAGGGGGAUCAGCAGAAAAGUGAGGAAGAUUCCGCGUCAGCGGCCACGUGGAUUAGUAUGAUAUGGCAAACGUCAUAGUAAUCCGCGUGGCCGCUAACGCGGAAGCUUGCGGUUUAUACUCGCACAGAGCGCAAGCUUCCGCAGUAAGCAGCCACGUGGAUUAGUAUGAUAUGGUAAACGUCAUACUAAUUCAGGUGGCCGCUUACGCGGAAGCUUGCGGUUCACACUCGCGCAGAGCGAUCGGGUCGAGCGGAGCGAGUGUAAAUCGCAAGCUUCCGCGUCAGCGGCCACGUGGAUUAGUAUGAUAUGGUAAACGUCGUACUAAUCCACGUGGCCGCUAACGCGGAAGCUUGCGGUUUACACUCGCUCCGCUCGACCCGAGCGCUCUGCAAGCUUCCGCGUCAGCGACCACGUGGAUUACUAUGAUAUGGCAAACGUCAUAGUAAUCCACAUGGCCGCUUACGCGGAAGCUUGCGGUUUACACUCGCGCAGAGCGCAAGCUUCCGCGUUAGCGGCCACGUGGAUUAGUAUGAUAUGGUAAACGUCAUACUAAUCCACGUGGCCGCUUACGCGGAAUCUUGCGGUUUACACUCGCGCAGAGCGCUCGGGUCGAGCGGAGCGAGUGUAGACCGCAAGCUUCCGCGUCAGCGGCCACGCGGAAUACCAUGCUCUGAGAGUCAUAGUAAUCAACGUGGCCGUGAAGUUUUGACACGUGGAUUUUCUAAUGUUUAUAAAAAUGGUUCCAUAAACUCAUACUAGUUUUUCAGCCCCAAGGGAUUGAAAUUGGAAAAUGCUCGAAAUUUGAAUGAGAAGUCAGAAUUUAUCGAUUUUUGAAAAAAAUCAAGAAUUUUCAUGAGUUUUGAUCCAAAAAUCGAUAAAUUCUCAUUCAAAUUUCGAGCAUUUUCCAGUUUCAAUCCCAAAUUUUGGAUUUAAUUAAUGAAUUUUCAUUUUCACGCAGAGAUAAUUUGAUAAUAAAUUAUAUCAAAGUCAAAUCGCUCUUAGGACUGAAAAACUAGUAUAAGUUUGUGGAACCAUUUUUGUAAACAUUAGAAAAUCCACGUGUCAAAAACUUCACGGGCACGUAGAUUACUAUGGUAUUCCGCGUGGCGGCUGACGCGGAAGCUUGCGGUCUACUCGACCCGAGCGCUCGUUCGAGCGGAGCGAGUGUAAACCGCAAGCUUCCGCGUAAGCGGCACUAUCUUCCGCUUUAGCGGCCACGUGGAUUGCUAUGACGUGGAAGGGGAUAAGAGAAAUCCACGUGGCUGCUGACGCGGAAGAUUGCGGUUUACCCUCGCUCUGCGCGAAUGUAAACCGCAAGCUUCCGCUUAAGCGGCACUAUCUUCCGCUUCAGCGGCCACGUGGAUUGCUAUGACGUGGCAGGGGAUAAUAGAAAUCCACGUGGCCGCUGACGUGGAAGCUCAAGCUCCAAUUUUCCUUCAGAAAACAAUCAACGUUGGGAUGCGAAAUCGGGUCCAACUCGAAACUCGAACAUAUCAGCUAGCACUCCACGAAACUAUCAACAAAAUCGUUCGGCAAUCAAACCACUAAUCCCACCAGAACCACAAGCUUUGAUGGGCAUUCGAUUGGAUCGCGAUCCGCGUGAAUCUACCGAAAAUGCAGCUUCGAACCAUUCGCUCACUUCUGUACUCAGCCAUCUAUCCGAAAAACAAAAGGCGGCGAAUGAGAUGCAAAGAUCGAGAUAUUAUCGAAGCGAGAAUUUGGGACAUCUACCGCCGACCAAUGAAAUCAUCGAAAAAUGUUGUCAGUUUAGCAAAGCCGAUUUUGUUACCGAAAAGAAUCAGGCGAUUUUGAUUGAUAAGAAGUUUGAUGUGAGUUUAAAAAACGUUUUUUUAUUUGAAGAAUUUGAAAUUUUUAAGCUUAUCUGCACCCAAAAAUCUGGAAUUUCAGACCUAUAAUUAGUCUGAUCUAUGUAGAUUUUCAAUCCUAAAACUAGGGUUAUUUAGGCUCAAAAAAUUCAGAAUUUUCAAGAAAAGAAUAGGCCUAUUUAGGCUCAGAAAAUCCAGAAUUUUAGGCCUAAAACUAGGCUCAUUUGGGCUAAAAAAUCCAGAAUUCUUUAGGCUUAAAGAUCCAUUUGGAGCCCAUUUUCAUCGCCAAAACUAGGCCUAUUUAGGCUCAAAAUAUCCGCAAUUCUAGGCCUAUUUUGACUAGAUAAAUCUCAAAUUUCAGGCCUAAAACCAGGCCCGAUUUCAAUCCUAAAACUAGGCCUAUUUGGGCUCGAAAAAUACAGAAUUUUCAAGAAAAGAAUAGGCCUAUUUAGGCUCAGAAAAUCCAGAAUUCUUUAGGCUUAAAAAUCCAUUCUAGGGGCCUACUUAAGGCUUAAAAUAUCUGAAAUUCUAGGCCUAUUUUGACUAGAUAAAUCCCAAAUUUCAGGCCUAAAAUUAGGCAUAUUUAGGCUCAAAAAAUCCCGAAUUUUCAAGAAAAGAAUAGGCCUAUUUAGGCUCAAAAUAUCCCGAAUUUUUUUCGUUGUUUUGCAGUUGAUGAUCACCUCAUGCAGUUCUCGUUGUAACGCAAUCUCGAUCCGCGUCAAAUCGCAACAUCAAGACGACACUUUUGCCGUGUGCGCCCUGCUUUUCGCAACAUCGACUGAACAAGAAAUUCGCGAAGCGUGUUUGGAAUGUAUUGAUAUGUUUUCGAAUACUGGUGAGUCAUUUACUGUUUUGUAUAGUGAAAAAUGUGUAAAAAUAGUGUUUUUCUCAUUUUUUCCCGGAAAAUCUCUGAAAAAUUCCCCUUCCAGCGUAUCGAAAAAACGAGCGAACACAAUUCUCGAAAUGCUCCGAACCCUACCUGACAAAAUGUCAAAUUCGACCACUUUUCGAGCCGGCCGAAUCGUUUCCCGAAGCUCUCUACUACUGUAAUCGAUGUGAUUUCCACAUCAACUCUGUUGCUCACGCGAAAAUGCAUCUGGAACAAAGUUCGCAUUUCGAUGAUGUUGAACGACAGGAACAACGCGAGAAAUUGUUGAGAGAUACGCCACAACCGAGCAGGGAACAAUAUUUGGCGGCCACGAAUUAUUUGAAUGCGAUUGUUGAGGAGGAGAGAAAGGUUGGGUUUUGAGCGAAAAUUCCGAGAUUUUUGGGUCAGAAAUCGUAUUUUUAGCCACAUUUUGGUCCUGACUGUCUCAAAAGUUCGAAUUCGGAGGUUUUUAGCACCAAAAAUCCAUUUUUUUUUCUAAUUUUGGGUUGAAAAUGGACAAUUUUUGGCCCCAAAAAUCUCCAUUUUUCAAAAUAUAAUCUGGUCCUGAACAAUUCUGGUUGUUAAAAUUUGAAUUCGGAAUGUUUUGCCACCAAAAAUCCUUCAUUUUCAAUUUUUUUAGCCUUAAAAACUCGUAAUUUCAAAAUUCAAAUUUAAUUUCUUGACGCUGAAAAUUCUUUUUUUGCUCUGGAAAAUUUUCGAUUAAAAUUUUCAAAUUCAAAGUUUUCGCGCGAAAAAUUCUAAAUCACAAAAAAAAAAAAUUUAAUUUAAUUUCUUGCCCCCAAAAAUUCUUUUUUUUUUCUCUGGAAAAAAGCCGAUUUUUUUGAAAAUUCCAAGUUUUCGAUGAAAAAAAAUUCAAAUUCAAAGUUUUCGCGCGAAAAAUUCUGAAUCACAAAAAAAAAUUCAAAUUUAAUUUCUUGGCCCCAAAAAUCCUUAUUUUUUCUCUUGAAAGUUUAAAUUCACAUUAGUUGGAGCCAAAAAAAGCCAAGUUAUUUAAAAAUUCCAAGUUUUCGAUUAAAAAAAAAUUCAAAUUCAAAGUUUUUGUGCAAAAAAAUCUGAAUCACAAAAAAAUUUAAUUUCUUGGUUUCAAAAAAAAAUCCUAUUUUCAUUUUCAUUCAGAAGCGCAAAAUCUCCACGGAAAAAAUUGCUGAAAUUCUCGACUUCCUCUCAAAUCGUCUCUUCCCAUCACUCGAAUGCAACAAUUUCGCUCUAAAACCAUUCGGAUCAACACAAUAUGACGUGUUCCUAGCCGAUAGCGAUUUAAACAUCGCAUUUUUCAUCGACGAUUUGGAUAUGUCACAAUUAUUCGAUUUCUAUGGUCGAAUUGUUGAGACAUUGAAUGGAUUUCAAGAGGAAAUUGGAAAUUCGGCUGAUUUGGUCACCGAUGGUUCGAAUUCGCAAGUUUCGUUCAAUUUUCGCGGCGAAAUUGUUGUUCGACUGUGUUCGGGAACAAAUACGAUUUGCAAGGCGCAAUUGUGUUUUACGAAUUUGAUGAAGGUUUAUACGCAAGUGAAUCCGGCGAUUUGUGAAUUUAUGAUGUUGGUUAGAUUGUGGGCUGUGGUGAGUUGGAUUGGGCCUGAAAAUUCUGGAUUUUUUGAGCCUAAGAUGGCCUAAUUUUGGGCCUGGAAAGGGGGGAUUUUUUUUAGCCUAAAGAAGCCUUAUUUUUGGCCUGAAAAGCCUAAAAGGACUGAAGCCCGAAAAGUCUGAAAUUUCGGCCUGAAAAUAUAGAUUUUAUAAGCCUAAACAACCCAAUUUUUGGGCUUCUGGAAAGUCUAUUUUUGGCCUGAAAAUUUGGAAUUUUUUAAGCCUAAAGAAGCCUAGUUUUGAUAAUGAAAAUGGGCCUGAAAUUGAUUUUUUAAGCCCAAAGAUUUCUGGAUUUUUUGAGCCUUAAAAAGCCUAGUUUUGAUGAUGAAAAUAAGACUGAAAUGGAUUUUUGAGCCCAAAGAAUAAUGGAUUUUUUAAGCCUAAAUAGGCCUAUUCUUUUAUUGAAAAUUCCGGAUUUUUUGAGCCUAAAAUGGCCUAGUUUUGAUGAUGAAAAUGGGCCUAAAAGCCCCUUUUGUGGCCCUUGAAAGUCUAGGGUUUCAGCCCAAAAGGCCUGAUUUUUAGACCUGAAAUUUGUAGGAAAAAAGUGAAAAAAUCUGUUUUUUUUGAAAUCCACGUGGCAAAUUGUACUGAAAAAACUGAUUUUGAAAUUUUGAAAUCAAAUUUCACCAAAAAAAACGUGGAAUUUCUCAAAUUUGACCUAUGACGUGGCAAACCUUUUUUUCCAGAAAGUCGGAAUCGAUUCGAAAAACAAGCAACGCGUCGGCUUGCCCAGAUACGGUUUCGAUAUAAUAUCAAUUCACUAUCUACAACAAUCUGGACAUUUACCGGUUUUGCAUGAGGUAGGCGAGAAUUUUGUGGGCUUGGCCUAGAAACCCAAUAAAAAUGGCCUAGAAAACCAACAGAAAUGGCCUAGAAAACCAACAAAAAUGGCCUAGAAAACCAACAAAAAUGGCCUAGAAACCCAACAAAAAUGGCCUAGAAAACCAUAUAAAAAUGGCCUAGAAAACCAACAAAAAUGGCCUAGAAAACCAUAUAAAAAUGGCCUAGAAAACCAACAAAAAUGGCCUAGAAAACCAACAAAAAUGGCCUAGAAAACCAAUAAAAUGGCCUAGAAAACCAACAAAAAUGGCCUAGAAAACCAACAAAAAUGGCCUAGAAACCCUAUAAAAAUGGCCUAGAAAACCAUAUAAAAAUGGCCUAGAAAACCAUAUAAAAAUGGCCUAGAAACCCCCGCUUUUUGCAGCUCGUCGAAAAAGAUUCGGAAGAGCAACAAGAAAAUGUGAUAGAAGAGGCGAGAGAGCGGAGAAUUCGACAAAUGUCGAAUUAUCUGAGUGAUAUUCAGAUGAUUGUGAGUGGUUUUUGAGGAGGGCUGAUUCACGAAUGAAAAAAAUUUAAAAAAUGUUUUUUUUAACAUUGAAAAUUCAAUUCACGAAAAGUCAAAAAAAUAUAGAAAAAAAAAUUAGUUUUUCGAGUUUUUCAGCCAAAAAUGAUGACAAAUCGAGAUUUUUGAAGCUUCUGGAGUGAUUUCUGAUGAAAAUUGACCUUGGAAUUCACUUUCCAGAAGUUUUAGCUGAUGAAUUUCGAAAAAAAUUCAUAAAAUAAAGCGAAAUAGGGUUCUCAAAGUUUAUUUUCAUCAGAAAUUCCUCCAGAAGCUUGAAAAAUAUCGAUUUGUCAUCAUUUUUGGCUGAAAAACUCGAUGUUUUUUCGAAAUUUUUGGACUUUUCGUGAAGACCUAGGUGAUUUACUGUAACUCUUUUUUUCCAGAAAUCCCGUUUCGAAAGCAAAAAAAGUUGGGAAAUUGGUAAAAUCUGGAUAAGUUUUCUGAAAUAUCUCAUCGAAAAACACCGUGACAUUGUCAUACAAAUCACCCAAUUCCAACCAAUGUCCAAAGAACAAACACGUUGGAACAAGAAAUCGUAUCAUGUUGUGGAUCCGUUUCGCGCUGACAAUGUUCUCACCAUUCCAAAAGUCACCCCAUGGCUCUCGUUCUAUUUCAAUUGUGUUUUGUCGACGUUUCGAUGUUUUGCGAUUCCGCGGAAUUCGAUGGGAUCGCUGGUUUCGUUGGAUUUUUAUCAGAAUGUGAGUGGGAAAAUUUGGGGGUUUUUUUGAGCCGAAAGAAGCCUAUUUUUGGUCUGAAUUUUGGGAUUUUUUGAGCCUAAAGAAGCCUGGUUUUUGGCCUGAAAAUACGGGAUUUUUUGAGCCUAAAUAAGCCUGGUUUUGGCCUGAAAUUUGGGGAUUUUUUGAGCCUAAAGAAGCCUAGUUUUGGGCCUGAAAAUGGGGGAUUUUUUGAGCCUUAAAAGGCCUAUUUUUGGGCCUGAAAAUGCAAGAUUUUUGAGCCUAAAAAAGCCUAAUUCAUGGCCUGAAAAUAGGGGAUUUUUCGAGCCUAAAUAAGCCUGGUUUUCGGCCUGUGAAGCCUAAUUUUGGGCCCAUGAAGCCCUAUUUUUGGCUUAAACAUCUGGGGUUUUUUGAGCCUAAAGAAGCCUAGUUUUGGUCCUGAAAUUAGGGGAUUUUUUGAGCCUAAAGAAGCCUUGUUUUCGGCCUGUGAAGCCCUAUUUUUGGCCUGAAUUUUGGGAUUUUUUGAGCCUAAAGAAGCCUAAUUUUAGACUUGAAAAUACGUGAUUUUUUGAGCCUAAAGAAGCCUAGUUUUGGCCUGAAUUUUGGGAUUUUUUAGCCUAGAGAAGCCUAAUUUUGGGCUAAAGAAGCCUAAUUUUGGCCUGAAGCAUUUUUUUGCAGAAAGUCUCAAGUCCGACGAAAAAAUCAUCACAAAAUACAGCCAAAAAGAAGCUGCAACAACAACAAGAAACACCGUGUCAAAAUAACAAAAAAGGAACAACAACACCAAGAUUGGACACACCAACAACUGCAGAAAAACAGGUUUGGGAUGAAAAAUUGGGGAUUUUUUGAGCUUAAAUUCGGGAUUUUUGAUGAAUUUUGAGCUGAAAUUUGAGAUAUUUGAUGGAUUUUGAGCUUAAAUUUGGGAUUUUUGAUGAAUUUUUAGCUGAAAUUUGGGAUUUUUGAUGAAUUUUGAGCAUAAAUUCAAGAUUUCUGAUGAAUUUUGAGCUUUUUUUUGUCAGCUAAAAAUCGUGAAUUCCAGAUGGACUCGAAUUUCGACGAACAACUCUUCAACGCUGAAAUCCGUCGAAAAAGUUUGGAAAUUCUCGAAACUCUUCGAUUCGACAAUGUUCCUUGUAUGAAAUUGACAGCCGAACACACGGAAAUCGACGAGCAUCGAAAUUCGAUGUAUAGUCGACGAACUAUGAUUCGAGUUCGACGAAUUUGUGGGCGAAUUGAAGAGGUUGGAAUGUUGGAAAGUUUGAUGAAAGAAGGAUUGUUGAAAAAGAAGAGAAAGGUGAGGAAAUUCAUGAUUUUUGAUGAAUUUUGAGCUAAAAUUCAUGAAUUUUGAUGAAUUUUGAGCUAAAAUUUAUGAUUUUUGAUGAAUUUUGAGCUAAAAAUCACUAAAAUACUCUGCCAUGGCCUAGAAAACUGAGAAAAACUCGGCCAUGGCCUAGAAAACCAAGAAAAACUAGUUCGUGACCUAGAAAACCAAGAAAAACUCGGCCAUGGCCUAGAAAAUCAAUAAAAACUAGUCCGUGACCUAGAAAACCAGCAAAAACUAGUUCACGACCUAAAAAUCCAAGAAAAACAAGUCCGUGACCUAGAAAACCAAGAAAAACUAGUCUGUGACUUAGAAAACCAAGAAAAACUCGGCCAUGGCCUAGAAAACUAAGAAAAACUAUAUCGUGGCCUAGAAAACCUAGAAAAACUCGGCCAUGGCUUAGAAAACCAAUAAAAACUAGUCCGUGACCUAGAAAACCAAGAAAAACUCGGCCAUGGCCUAGAAAACUAAGAAAAACUAUUCCGUGGUCUAGAAAACCAAGAAAAACUAUAUCGUGGUCUAGAAAUCCAGCAAAAACUAGUCCGUGACCUAGAAAACCAAGUUUUUUCCAGAAGUCUGCUCGAAAAUUGGUGGGCGCGUUUUCUUUCGAAGCAGCUGAAAUUCAAGAAGAUGAAGUCUUCAAUUUUGAACCACUUCAGAAAGAAGCAGAAGCUGAAAUUGCAGAUGAUGCUGAAAUUGUGGCUGAAAAUUUCGAUGCUGAAAUUCCCACAGAUGAAAUUCCAUCUGAAAAUCCUUCUCCAGCUGAAAUUUUCAAAAAAAAUCUGGAAAAACGUUCGGCAACACCGCCUGUGGAAAGUAGUUGGCAACAUUGGAGCAGCCAAUAUUCGACACCUGAAGAUGCUUCAUCUGCUGCUGCCACGUGGCGACCUGUUUUCUCAACACCAACCACAGAUUUGGCUGAAAAUCUGGAAAAUUCGCUGAAAAUCACGAAAAAACCACCAUGUGAAUUUGGCGAAUUUCAAGGACCCUCGAAUUUUUUGUCAAAAACGGCCGCAAAAAAUGAGAUUCGCGCAGUCGACGAUCUGAUUUGCUAUGAGGAAUUUUUCAUUCGACAGGAUUUCGAUGAACGACAAAUUCGAGAGUUGAGAAAAGGAAUGGGAGAGACGGACUAUCGAUUCACGUUUGAGCCGAAGGAUUUGACUGGAGGAUAUGUGAGGGUUUUUGAGGCGGGAUUUUGGGAUGAAAAUUGCGAAAUUUUGAACUAAAAUUCAAGAAAAUUGGCCUAGAAAUCAUCUGGAAAAUGAAAUUUUGCCAUUUUCGACCCAUAAUUGAUGAAAAUCAUGAAAUUUCAAGGUUUUUAGAGCAAAGUUGAAAAAAAUCAUAAAAUUUCAAGAUUUUUGAAGAAAAUGGCGAAAUAUUGACCUAGAAAUGAUCUAGAAAAUGAAAUUUCGCGAUUUUCAACCUGAAAUUGAUAAAAAUCACAAAAUUCUGAGGUUUUGGACCUGAAAUUCAAGAAAAUUGCGAAAUUUUGGUAUAGAAAUGAAGAAAAUCAUGAAAUUCUGAGGUUUUCGGAGCAAAAUUCAAGAAAAUGGUGAAAUUUUGGUCUAGAAAUCAUCUGGAAAAUGACAUUUCGCCAUUUUCGACCUAAAAUUCAAGAAAAUGGUGAAAUUUUGAGGUUUUGGACCUAAAAUUCAAGAAAAUGGUGAAAUUUUGGUCUAGAAAUCAUCUAGAAAAUGAAAUUUCGCCAUUUCCAACCUAAACUUGAUAAAAAUCAUGAAAUUUUGAGAUUUUUGCACUGAAAUUGAUGAAAAUCAUGAAGUUUCAAGGUUUUUGGACCUGAAAUUGAAGAAAUUAUUGAAAUUUCAAGGUUUUUGAACUAACAUUUUCAAUUUUUGAAUGUUUUUCUUGCAGGAAAUGGAAGUGAAGUGCAGUUCAUGUGAUGGAAAUCAUAUAGUGGAUAAUUGUCCAUCGAUGGAAAUACCGCCAGUUGAAAAAUUUGCGAAAAGAACAAAAGAAGAGAUACGGGAACUCGAUGAGAUUAUUGAUAAGUAUUAUCGUGAGUUUUUUGGGAAUUUGGGGGAUUUCGAGCCGAAAUUUGGAAUUUUUGCACAAUUUUGAGCGAAAUUUCGUGUUUUUUGAUGAAUUUUGACCUAGAAAACCAAGAAAAACUAGUCCGUGACCUAGAAAACCAAGAAAAACACGGCCAUGGCCUAGAAAACUAAGAAAAACUCGGCCAUGGCUUAGAAAGCCCGAAUUUUUGAUCAAAAUAAUCCAAAAAAUAUGAAUUCCACCUGAAAUUUCCCAAAAUUUUGGUUCCAGAAGACAAUACAAUCAAUGAAUCGCGUCUUCGACUUCUCGAAAAUCAAGUCAAAAAUCUGGAAAACCACCUACGCUCAACCUAUCGAAAAGAUGUGGUUUUGACGAUUUUCGGAUCGGUUAUGACUGGAAUUGGUGUCAAUAAAUCGGAUAUUGAUGUUUGUUUGAGAUUUGGACAGAGUUAUGAGCAACCUGAGGUAUUUUUUUGGGAAAAAUUGCGAUUUUUUGACACCAAAUAUGAUUUGGAGCAUGAAAAUCCGAGCAUUGCUCAUAUCAACCCAAAAAUUUCGAUUUUCGCCUCGAAAUUUUGAAUUUUUCAUCGAAAAUUUGAGAAAUUUCAGAGCAUUGCUCAUAUUAGCCCAAAAAUUUUGAUUUUCGCCUCAAAAUUGUGCAUUUUUCAUCGAAAAUUGGGGCAUUGCUCAUAUUAACCAAAAAAUUCCGAUUUUCGCCUCGAAAUUGUCGCAUUUUCCCCCGAUAUUUAGAACAUUUUAGAGCAUUGCUCAUAUUAACCAAAAAUUUUCAGGAUCGAGACGCUGAGAGAAAAUUGGUAAAUUUGAAAUGUUGUGCUUUUUUCCGCCUCUAAAAAUUGCUGUAAUUUUUUUUGUCUGAAAUCCAUGUUUGCUCUAACCUCCCCAAAAAAUGCAAUUUUCCCACCAAAAAUUCAAAAUUUUUUGCAGAAUCUUGCGCCAGUCGAUGUGAUAUCACAAGUUGCUGAAAAACUGCGAAGAGCAAAAAUGACUCGAAAAGUUCAACCAAUUCUAACCGCCAAAGUUCCGAUUGUGAAAUUUCAGCUGAAGUUGGACUAUGAUUUGUAUGUGGAUGCUGAGUGAGUUUUGUUUUGUUUUUUUUUGGUGAAAAUUGACAAUUUGCGAGAUUUUGAGCUAGAUUUCAUGAUUUUUGGAUGAUUUUGAGCUAUUUUGCACGAAAAUUGCGUCAGUAACAGUUUUGUUGACGCAUUUUCCGGUAGAUCUACCAUAUUUCUGUUUUUCAGCAUCAGCUACUACAACAUUCUUGCUCUCUACAACACGAAACUUCUUCGAAGCUACACACUUUGGUCGGCGGAUAAUAAGUUUGCAAAACUCGGAUUAUUUGUGAAAAAUGUGGGUUUUUUAGCUGAAAAUUGUCCAAAACAGUCGACUUUUACUCCCAAAAAUUGUCCAAAACAAUCGAUUUUUAACCGCUGAAAAUUGUCCAAAACAAUUGAUUUUUAACAGCUGAAAAUUGUCCAGAACAAUCGAUUUUUCGACCCCACAGAAUCGUUCAAAACAAUCGAUUUUUUCACCUUAAAAUUGUCCAAAACAAUCGAUUUUUACUCCCAAAAAUUGUCCAAAACAAUCGAUUUUUACUCCCAAAAAUUGUCCAAAACAAUCGAUUUCUCACCCCCAAAAAUUUUCCAAAACAAUCGAUUUUUACGCUCAAAAAUUGUCCAAAACAAUCGAUUUUCACUUCCAAAAAUUGUCCAAAACAACCGAUUUUUACUCCCAAAAAUUGUCCAAAACAAUCGAUUUUUACUCCCAAAAAUUGUCCAAAACAAUCGAUUUUUACUACCAAAAAUUGUCCAAAACAAUCGAUUUUUCACCCCCAAAAAUUGUCCAAAACAAGAAUUUUGCAGUGGGCUAAACAAUGUGACAUUGGCGACGCCUCAAAAGGAUCCAUAUCCUCAUAUGCUCACAUCAUUUUGCUCCUCUCGUAUUUGCAAAAAUGUGAUCCGCAAGUUUUGCCACGACUACAGGAGGUCAGCAUCUUUUUUUUUUUCAAAAAAAAAAAAAAUUUUCGCGCCAAAAUUUUUUAAUCAAUUUUGUUUUUCAGGAUUUCCGAGAUUCGACAACCGAAAAACGAAUAGUCGAAAAUUGGGACACGUACUUUUAUGAGGGCGAACCCAAACCCUAUUUGAACAAUCAAAAAACGUGUGCCGAACUGCUUUUGGGAUUUUUCGACUAUUAUUCGCGAUUUGAUUUUCGGCAUUUUGUGAGUUUUUUUGUUGAAAAAUCCAGAAAAUUUGACGAUUUUUGGCUUAAAAUUGUGUAUUUUUGACCAAAAAUUGAGAAAUUUCAGAGCAUUGCUCAUAUUAACCCAAAAAUUCCCGAUUUCGCCUCAAAAUUGUGGAUUUUUGACCGAAAAUUGGAGCAUUGCUCAUAUUAACAAAAAAUUUCAAUUUUCAUACCAAAAAUGGAUAGUUUCAGAGCUUUGCUCAUAUUAGUUUUUCUAAAUUUAAUUUUAAAAAUAAUUCAAAUGGAAAUUUGAGCAUUGCUCAUGUUAGGCUAGAAAAUUUGAUGAUUUUCACCUCAAAAUUUUCCAUUUUUCAUUGAAAAUUGAGAAGUUUCAGAGCAUUGCUCAUAUUAACCCGAAAUUUCCGAUUUUUGCCUCAAAAUUGUCGCAUUUUUCAUCGAAAAAUGAGAAAUUUCAGAGCAUUGCUCAUGUUAGCCAGAAAAUUUGGCAAUUUCAUCCUUAAAAUUGUGAAUUUUUGACCGAAAAUUGUAGCAUUGCUCAUAUUAGUUUUUUUUUUAAAUUUAAAAUUGAAAAUUUAUAAUUCAAAUAGAAAUUUGAGCAUUGCUCAUGUUAGUCUUUUAGCUUUUUCGAAAAUUUAGUAUUUAUUGCUCAUAUUAUAGGCUGAGAAAUGGCGAUUUGAGAGCAUUGCUCAUAUUAAUAGACUAGUAUGAGCAAUGCAUCAUUCUUUUUUGCAGGUUAUCCAAUGUCGUCGUGAAGAGAACUUGUCAAAACUCGAAAAACAAUGGACAAAACCGCUAUCGAUUGAAGAUCCGUUCGAUUUACAUCACAAUUUGGGAUCUGGAGUGACUAGGAAAAGUUGGUUGCUCAAGAGCAUUGCUCAUAUUAAUUUGUUGUAUUUGCAGUGUUCGCCUUCAUCCAUCGAACUUUCAUCUGUUCCCGUAAAGUUUUCAUGUCGGCCAAAAUUCGCGACACAAUUCCCAGAGAUGACCAAUUUAUCGACAAUUAUAGGGUGAGUUUUUGGGCGGUUACUGUAGGUUUUUUGGCGCCAAAAAAUGCAGAAUUUUGAGCCAAAAAUCGAAUUUUUUGGGUUAAUAUGAGCAAUUCUCUGAAAUUUCUCAAAUUUUCGAUGAAAAAUGCACAAUUUCGAGGCGAAAUGGGGAACUUUUAAAUGAAUAUGAGCAAUGCUCUGAAAUAUCUCAAAUUUCGAUGAAAAAUGCACAAUUUUGAGCCAAAAAUUAGAAUUUUUGAGCUAAUAUGAGCAAUGCUCUGAAAUUUCUUAAAUUUCGAUGAAAAAUGCACAAUUUCGAGGCGAAAAUCGGAAUUUUUGGGUUAAUAUGAGCAAUUCUCUGAAAUUUCUCAAAUUUUCGAUGAAAAAUGCACAAUUUUGAGACGAAAUUGAGAAUUUUUGGGUUAAAAUGAGCAAUGUUCUGAAAUUUCGAUUUUUGCGAGAAAAAGUCCAAAUUUUAUGAUUUUUGGGUUAGAAAUUCUGAAAAAUUCUCGAAUUUUUGGCCCAAAAAUGGCCUAGAAUCCCCCAAUUUCAUUGUUUUGCAGAGAGAAUUGCUUCGAAGUUGUUCACAAGGUCACGCGCCUUCAGAUCGACAAUGUCAUAUAUGCGCGAAAAUUGGACAUUUUGCUGAAAGUUGUCCGAAACGAAUUGCGUGAGUUUUUUUUUGUUGGGAAAAAAUCCGGAAAUUUUUGCGAAAAUUUGAAUUUUUUUCUUCACCUCAAAAUAAUCGAUUCAAAUUUUGCAGAUCCAAUAAAAUUUUCCUCAAUUUUGUGCUGAAAAACAGGUAAUUUUUUUCGAGAAGCACAAAAUUGGUACAAAACUGAAAAUUUUAUCUUAAAAUCUAGAUUUUUGACCGAAAGUUUGAAUUUUAAUGAAAAUUAAAACAUUGCCCAUUUUACAGUCUGAAAUUAUCUGAAAAUUUCAAUUUUCAUGAAAAUUUAGGCAUUGCUCAUAUUAUAGUCUGAAAAUGUUCAAUUUUCAUAAAAAUUUAGGCAUUGCUCAUAUUAAAGGAGCUAAAAUAUCUGAAAAUUUCAAUUUGCUAUCCAAAAAAAAUCCCAAAAUCCCAGUUUUUUAUGCUGAUAUUCAUGAAAAUUUUAAAUUUUUAUGAAAAUUAAAAUAUUGCUCAUAUUAUAGUCUGUAAUUAUCUGAAAAUUUUGAAUUUUUAUGAAAUUUUAGGCAUUGCUCAGAUUAUAGUCUGAAAUUAUCUGCAAAAUUUGAAUUUUUAUGAAAAUUAAAACAUUGCUCAUAUUAUAGUCUGAAAAAUUUAAAUUUUUAUGAAAAUUUAGACAUUGCUCAUAUAAACGAGCUAAAAUAUCCGAAAAUUUUAAUUUUCUAUCACAAAAAAAUCCCAAAAAUCCUAGUUUUUGUGCUGAAAUUCAUGAAAAUUUCAAAUUUUUAUGAAAAUUAAAAUAUUGUUCAUAUUAUAGAAAAAAAAUAAUUUCAAAAAUCUGAAUUUUUCACGGAAAUUAAAAUAUUGCUCAUAUUAUAGUAAAAAAAUAAUUUCAAAAAAAUUUUUUUGCAGUCAACGCGAAGCAAAACGCAAUCGUUUUUCGUCGGUUUCAACAGUCGGAUCAUCGACACAAAAUGCUGGUGGUUCUGGAUAUCAUUCCUCAAAAAAUCGCCCGAAUUUCUCGCCAAAUCCGAACAAUAAUACGCCAAAGAAGGGUGGAAGCAAUAAUAAGGAACAACAAGAACAAAAGAAGGUGGAUCCAAAAUUCCUUGAAUAUCAUAAGAGGGUUGGUCCUGAGCACACAUGAUAUUGGGGGUUUUUGAGAAUUUUCGGACCUUGGAGACUGCAAAAUUGAUGAAAUUCGGGAAUUUUUAGCUUAGAGUGGAGAAUUCUAGUGAAUUUGAAGCCCAGAAUGAGGUUUUAGACGAUUUUUGACCCAAAAAUCAGUUUUCUAGCUGAAAAUUGAGUAUUUUACUGAAAAUCCGGUGAAUUUUGAGCUCAAAUUGAGUUUUUGAACCAUUAUUGAGCCAAAAAUCAGUUUUCUAGCUGAAAAUUGACUGAAAAUCAGUUUACUAGAUUCUAGAGCAUAUUAACCAAAAAAAUUCCCGAUUUCGCCUCAAAAUUAUCGCAUUUUUCAUUGAAAAUUGAGAAAUUUCAGAGCAUUGCUCAUAUUAACCAAAAAAUUCCCGAUUUUCGGAUUAAAAUUGUGCAUUUUUCAUUGAAAAUUCGAGAAAUUUCAGAGCAUUGCUCAUAUUAACCCAAAAAAUACUGUAUUUUCAUCAAUUUCAGCAGCCUCUUUCCCCUUACCCCCUUACAGUAACCCUUCUGAAAUCAGCCCCAAAAAUUACCAAAAAAUCUCAAUUUUCAGACGGUCUAUCACUGA